ACGUGCGGACGCUAACCGACCAAGCUCAUAUACUGACGUAAUAACUAAUACUAGUUAAUCAAAGUGUUUUCUGGCGAUAUUUAACGUUUAAUAUCUGUGUUUCUAACAAAAAAAGUUAUAAUCCGUAACUAUCAUAUGAAAAUGCAUUCGAAAUUUGAACAAAAUUGUUUGUUUAUUACGAAGAGGUUUCAUUGUACAUGUUCGUAAAUAUUCGCCUGCGUUCGGUGUGACUCGUUUGCGGUGUGACUGUGGUACUUUGUGACAAUUUGUUUGUAUCUCGCUCUUUCUUCAUCAAACCCGUUUAUGAAGAAAAGAAUACCGUAUCUAAGCCCGCGUCUUUAGAAAUAACCGAACUAAAAUAACGAUGGGGACAAAAUGUAAAAAGAUUUUAGAGGAAAUUCACCCGCUAAGUAUUAUACGGGAAGUGCAGAAAUGGCCAGUUUUGUAUGUGAAAGACAAUCCAGAGCGUGCAAACUUGCACUUUAAAAACAAAGUUUGGAAUGAAAUAGCGAAGGCUUUGUUUACGGACUGGGAAACUUACACUGAUUGGGAAAAGGAAUCUAAAGUUACAGAUUUGAUGAAGAAAUGGCGUAACUUACGCGACACGUUCAAACGACAAUUAGAAGCGGAGAAGAAGAUCAGAGAAGGCCACAACAUAAAGAAGAAAACGUACGUUUACUUCAAACACAUGCUUUACCUCUUGCCACACAUUGCACCUUCCGAGAACGGAACAUCCGACCCUGUAGUCGAGCCUAAACUCAAUGAGUUCUUCACGAGACAAGCCAAGAGGAAAGGAUCAGAGAAAAAGAAGAGUCUAAAGAAAAAGAAGCGUCUAGACAAACACGCGACUAUAAAAUCCGUUAUAAUUCCAGACCUUCCCUCGAAAUCUACAGAUAAAGAAGAAAUGAUAGACGAAGACAAACAUUUCCUAAUGUCACUAGUACCGUCAUUCAAAAGGAUGAGUGAUGAUGAGAAGCUUGAAGCGAAAGUGGAAAUCCUCAAAGUCAUUAAAGGUAUACGAAGGAAGACGUUAGAGACGGCUGUAGAGUCAAGCUCUGUAGCAGAUUCAUUGUCAUAUAAUUUAGAGGAAACUGACUUAAGUGAAGUGAAAAUAGAGAUGAUUUCUGGCGAGGCUGAUGAUUGUGAGAGUCAGUCGAAUAGCUCUGAGUCUGGAGAUAGUGAAAAUUCUGAGUAGAUUGAUAAAUUACUAGAAAUGACUCCACAUUCCAGCUCUCUAGCAGAUUCAUUGUCCUAUAAUUUGGAGGAAAUUGAUUUAAGUGAAGUUGAAAUUGAGAUGAUUUCUGGCGAGGCUGAUGAUUGUGAGAGUCAGUCGAAUAGCUCUGAGUCUGGAGAUAGUGAACAUUCUGAGUUAUAUGUUAGACACUAUCAGAGGGACACCAUGUUCAGUAAUAAUUAAGAUGAAUUUACUUAUUUAUUUGUACACUAAAAAGAAAGAGAUAUGGACAGAAAGAGAAGAAACUUAAAAGUUCUCCAUAAUGUUCUCAAAGGCUUGUGACGCCCACUAAUACCGGGCCAGUGUGGUCGACUACGGCCUAAACCCUGAACAUUGUUGGAGUAGAUCUGCUGUCAUCUUCAUCAUCAUCACAUCAACCUAUUACCGGCCCACUACACAGCACGUCUUCCCCCACAAUGAGAAGGGGUUAAGGCCGUAGUCCACCACGCUGGCCCAGUGCGGAUUGGUUCAGAACAUUAUGGAGAACUCUCAGGGAUGCUGGUUUCCUCACGAUGUUUUUCUUCACCAGCUAGUGGUAUUUUCAUUAGUUAAAAUCUGCUGUAUUGAGCCGCUAAUAGGUUGAUAUGAUGAUGAUAAUGAGCUAGAAGGAUUUUAUUUAUUGUAUGUUAUUUUAAGUUGAUCCAAAAUAGAUUCGUUUGAGGUGAAGCAGUGAUUUUGAGAAACAGUAAAGAACUUUUGAAUCUGGUGUCAGUGAACACUUUGCAUAUAUUGACAGAUAAAUUGAAGAUAAGUAUUGUUUUAAGUCGUAAUGAACGGAUCAUUUUUGCUAAAGUUGCCUAUCUAUAAAAAGUUGAAAGGAAAAGUCUAAUAAUAAGCAGAAACUAAUUUAACUAAUUCUAUUUAUUUUUGCAUAUAGCCUGGUGUUUUAUAAUUGAACGUAAAUAUACAAUCUAAGAAGUUUUUAUUAGUAUGUACUUAAAUGUCAAUAAAAAUAUUUUAUUAAUGACAAACAUAACAAAGUAUUAAAUUCCUAUGAAAUUUUAUAAUCAUGUUAGCAAAUCUGCCUUUGUAUGUACAUUUAGUAAAAGAUGAAAAAAUAUCUUUGUUCAGAUUGGGCAAAAUUAUGCAUAAUCUGUGGUCAGUAUAAGUUGGAGUAGGAAUUAAAAAUGACAGGAACCCAGAUCAAAAAUCUUCCAGGUCAUAUAAAUGGCGGUAAAAAAAGAGGUACAGAAGAGUACUUAUAGACAGGAGUGUCAAGAGAAGAUUGAAGAAGUUAUCUCUUUGUAGUUAAUAAAAAUUGUGCUAUAAGUUCAGAUUGAUUGAUAUUUGGGUUUAUAAUAUGCUAUGCUGUAAUAAGAGAUACUAAAACGAUUAAACGUUGUAAGAUAUGAA